UUGCACACUUUCGUGGGAAUCUGGCUCAGCUGUUUGUCGGUUAUUUUAUUUUUCACAUCGUGUUUCCAUUCGAGUACAACAAUUAUGACGACAAUAGCAUGUGAUAAUUGUUGUUCCGCCAACAACCCGUCAAAUUUAGUGGGAUCAAUUUUGCUACAUAAUUCCGAAGGAGAACAUGACGGAGCCACAAUUUCUAUUUCGGACGGACUUUCCUCCCUAUUUUCUUACUGGGUGGGUGCAACAGCACCAGAUAAACUUGGUCGACUCCAAUUUUGUCCCGGAUGCGCCCACAUAUUUCGGAAACUUCACAAAAUUUCGCUACAGUUUCAAAAUUUGACUAAGAUGGAGAGCCAGGUCGCUAAAAGUUUGGCGCAGUUGAGGAGGCAGGGUCAAAAAAUCACAAAAAUUAUUCCCCCACCACCUCCUCCCCGCACUUUUAAUGGGCAACAACAACAGGUCAGGCGCUCUUUAAGGAAUCAAAAUAGCAAGGAAACAGUCCAGCCGGUCGCAAAGGAGAAAAGGACACAAAAAAUUGACAAGCGCCACGUCCGUGGCCAGAAGGAGGGUGACAUUUCAUUUAAAAUUAAGGAGGAGGAGGAAGAUAUAUGUUUCGUCCAGCUGUGUGAAGAUGGACCGUCGGAUUCUCUAGUUUUUGAGGAAGUUAUGGGCGAAACGAAUGAUAUUGAAAUGGACAACGACGCCCAGCUCGAGUCUCCUUCUAAUCAGUCCGAGCACGAUGUGAGGCAAAUACCUAGCAACAAAAAAUUACUAAAUGAUGACUCAAUCUUUGACGAACCAGACGACGUACAAAACAUGUCGGAUGACGAAUCCUCCAAUUACUCUCCAGACUCUGGAGACGAUUCGGAUGCCGAACCUACCAAUCCGCUCACGUGUUCAAUUUGUUCUCAAAAAUUCGCCACCGUCGAAACAAAAAGUCGCCAUGUUCGACUCCAACACGACGACACCUUCACUCGCAUACCGUGUCCGGCGGAUGAUUGUGAUCUCGCUUUUAAGAGAUUUGACCACUUGAGGAAUCACUUAAAAAGAAAACAUCCUGACGUAUCUUUCCCAAAACUUAGGAAGACUGGGGACAAUGCCUCGCCGAGCAAAAUCCCAUGUCCUGUCCCCACCUGCGACAAAACUUACUCACGCAACGACCACCUCAACAUCCACAUCCGGGCGGCACAUCCAGACGUUCCGGUGGAAUCAAGGAAAAAAGCGGCGAAAAAGUCGAAGCGUAACGAGAAAGAAAAAGAUAACUCUCCACCUUGCCCUGACGACGACGGGAUAUUCGACCCUCUCAAGUGUUCUGUUUGUUUUAAAAAAUUCAGCUCGGUUGAAACAACAGAUCGCCAUUUUCGACAUCAACACGACGAAACCUUUAUUCCUUUAUUGUGUCCGUCGGAUAAUUGUGACCUCACGUUUAAGAGGAGGGACCACUUAAAGCGUCACUUGGAUAAGACACAUCCUGACUUUGUCCCACCGAAGGCCGAACCCUUCCCCCCUGCCGAUUCGGACUCUGCCCCCAAUCCGCUCAAGUGCUCCAUUUGUUUCAAAAAAUUCGGCACCGUUGACACAAAAGAGCGUCAUUUUCGACACAUGCACGACGAAACCUUUACCCGUUUACCAUGUCCCGCUGAUAACUGUGACCUCUCCUUCAAGAGGAGGGAUCACCUACACCGUCACUUAAGAAGGAAACAUCCUACCGUCCCUUUUUUCACCAUGGGCAGCAGGAGCCGACCCGUCCGGAAGGACGAUUUAGAACACAUUGGUGACAGAAUCCCGUGUCCGGUCGCCACCUGUGAGAAAACUUACUCACGCACGGACCACCUCAACAUCCACAUUCGGAAAACCCAUCCUGACACACCGCUAAUAAAGGGGUCAAAGAAAGGGAAAAAAUACGGAUCAAAAGUCCCGGAAAUAAAACCAUGUCCGGUUUGUGAGAAAGAGAUCAAAUCCUCCAGGAUGAAGGAGCACAUGGAAACGCACGCGAGCGAGAAAACCCACCUGUGCAACACGUGCGGAAAACUCUUCCGGACCAUGAAAUCCCUUCGCCAUCAUUUGAAGACGUGUGUCAAGUAACUGACGAUGAUGUGUAACAUAAUCUGACAUCAUAUUUGAAUAAAAGAAGUGUUGAAUAAAACUAAAUAAAACAUAUUUAAAAAACCUUUA